AUGACUCGUCAAAAAGUCGCUCUCGUCACCGGCGCCUCCUCGGGCAUUGGCUAUGCUGCCGCCAAAGAAUUCGCCCUGCGUGGCUACAAAACAUACAGUUGUGCCCGGAGACUGGAGCCAAUGGAACCACUCAAGGAAUAUGGGGUAAUUCCGGUUGUUUGUGAUGUCACUUCCCCGGAGAGUGUGGAGAACCUCAAAAGCCAGAUUGCGCGCGAGUGCGAUGGGUACCUCGAUAUUCUCUACAACAAUGCAGGUCAGUCGUGCUCACUUCCUGCGUUGGAUGUGACCGACGAUAUGUUCAAACAGUGUUUUGAGGUGAACGUGUUUGCGCCUAUCCGAUUGACCCGUGAGUUCAUCCCGCUACUCAUUAAGGCAAAGGGUGUGGUGGGAUACACUGGCUCUGUGAGUGCAGUCAUUCCGUUCCCCUUCUCCAGUAUCUACGGUGCUACCAAGGCGGCUAUUCACCAGUACGCGGCCACGUUGAGACCGGAGUUGGAGCCUUUUGGAGUGAGGGUGCUCAACAUUGUCACUGGUGGAGUCAAGACCAAUAUUGCUGAUACGAGGGGAGUCCCGGAGACGUCUUUGUACCAGGUUCCUGGCAUCAAGGAGGCCGUUAAGGAGAGACAACAGAUGGCUGCCCGGAACAAUCCCAUGCCGGCUGAGGUCUAUGCACGGAAGGUGGCCGAUGACUUCGAGCUGGUGACGUUGCGUGGAAAACUCAAUGUUUAUCGCGGCCACAUGGCUUUGUUUUUGGGUUACCUCAUGUACUGGUGUCCACGGUUUGUGGUGGAGAAGAUCCUCAACAGGAAGUUUGGCUUGACUGCGAUCUUCAAUCAGAUCCGCGCCAAGUACUCCAAGACAAACGUUGACUGA